UUGAUCGUUUGUGGAACGCGGAGAUGAGGCGGUGGGGUGAAUGUGGCAUUGUUGGCUCGUGAUGAGGAUGGAAACGUGAGGAGGGGUAGGUGGGGAGAUUUGUCUGUCGUUAUAUUUCUUGGGGUCCCGCCGUGAGCGGGCUUGGGAUGAGAAGUUCGAAGUAUUUGCUGGAACAAUUCCAUCUAUUCCUGUUGAAGUCAGAGAACUAGAAGCAAUCAUACUUGGAUACCUCGCCAAAGAUUAUCUACAUCUACGCCACAUCAACGACAUCGACAAACAACUACACCACGCCACGAGCAAAUACCAAACCGUCACCAUGCCUAUCCACCUCGCUCCACGCUUCCGCCGGCAGCCCUUUUCAACCGCCGCCCGCGUCUAUCCCUCCAUACCCUCCCACUUCCACUCCUACCACCCCCCAGCACCACAGACAUCUCCCCAACCACCAGCGAUGCCCAAACUCGGGCGGAUAUCCCGAUGGUACUUACCUGCCAUGGCUUUCAUAGCCGUCGGUACGCUAUUCCUUCCAUCUGACCUGUUCUCAUCAUCCCCGUCGUCGAGUCAGAAGCAAUCGCUGGACUCGGCUAAUAAGCAGCUAGGCAUCGCGAUAGCGAACGCCCUCGAGGAAUACAACAUGCAGCAUAUGAGUGAGAGGCAGAAGUUACGGGCGCAGGCCGAGAGGAAUGCCGCGCUGUUGGAGGCGUAUGGCGAGAGGAUGAGUUUAGCGGAUGUGGAGAAGGCAUUAGAAGUUUAUGAGGUGCAGUGAUGAGUGAUGGGGAAUGAAAAGUGGGAUAGAUGGAUGGUGGACGCAGUGGCU